AUGUACAUUUGCUUAAACAUAGGUAGGCUGAAAAAAAGGCUAUUAGAAGACACAGCAAACAUUAAAACAACGGACUCAGCAAGCCUAGUCCUAAAAGCACUUUCCUCCCGCAUAAAAACCUCCCUCGAAAACAUCCCAGAGGAAAAGCGUACUAAAAUUGAGGCAAUCGUAGACACUUUCCUGCAGGAAUUUCUAACCCGAAUAUUAGCUAAAAUAGCCAACAAUCACUGUAUAGUAAGUCCUGAGACACUGGACAUCCUCACGAAAGAAGCCAUAGCAGAAGUUCCCUCCGAACUCUUGCACGGAUUCCCCACCUUAAGCACGCUCGAAGGAUAUGACACUUUCAAGCAGAGAGUCGUAUACGAGAACUUCUUUAUGCACGCUCUCAAUAAAAAGAUCGAACUGUAUAAAUACUACAAGAAAGUCCAGCAGUAUAUCAUCGCCUGCAGCACUGCAAUGCUUCAGAGAAAAGAGAUGGAUACAGCCAGAAAGUGCAGCGUCGAGCCCCUCCUCUGCCAAGAUAGCAACAAAUUAAAACGCAUUACUGCGACGUUAAAUGACCUCCUGAAGGAAGAAGAAUUCAGGACUGCUUUAGGAAAGACUAUGAAGAAAGAAAAAAUGUGUACUGACGAAAGUAUUUUAAAUAUGGAAAAGUACACUUUAGAUCGGAUAGUUGAAAAAUUUAAAGCGUAUUUCUGCAGUGGGGAGUAUAGUCGGAGUCUAUGCUUUGGCCUGAAAAAACUAACGGAAAACAACGGAAAGUAUGCAUCCGGCCAGGCACACUUUAUACAGGGCUUUGAAGUGCAUAAUAAGGAUGUUUUUUCUGACGAUAAAAUAUCCGCAGAAGAAAAGGAGCGUAUAUACGGGGAAAUGUGCAUAGUUGGUUUUUAUGAGAGCGUAUCUGGGCUGAUUCGGGUUGUAAUAGACCGCGAAUUCGGGGAAUUUCUAACUCUAAUCGGGCUGUCUUCUGCCUGUGCGAUUAUAGAGACAUGUCAGGAGGUUGACUCCCACAUACAAACUUUGCAAGAACCUGAAAAGUCGGAAAUGGAAAGGUAUUUGAAGGAUUUGGAGGGGUUUCGCAAGCACAUUCAGGCUGUUCAUAACACAUUUUUUGCAAACCUAUACAGAAUUCACGACUUCUUCCAAAUGGUUGAUUCCCCGUCAAAUACUGUUAGCGGGUGGGGGAGAGAAACAUUUGCAUUUUUUAACGUUAAUUUUAAAAAAACAGUGGAUAGAUUUCCCAAUGUGGAAACAAAUUCAGGUUUUGGGAAGGCUUUCCAUGCCCUGAUGAGCCAUGCAGACGCAAAAAACAAAAGGGCCCGGCAGAUGCACAGAAACGCUAUGAAGGCAGAAGAAUGCCUUGCAAGAAUGAAUGAGCUUGAUGAAGGCACAUCCAGGGAGGACAGGGACCGCAGGGUGGAUGAAUACAAAAAGUUUGCAAGGGAAAAUCCAGUGCCUGGUUUUUCAGGUUCUAUCGAGGGUAUUCCGCCUGAAUCCCUGGAAUAUGGGGUUACUCCGCGCGAAAUCAAAGCCAUGCUUUCAGCUAUGAAGAUAUCCCUGGGUGUAUACACUGAGCAGCUAAAAGAUGGGUCCACAACAGAGUCUGAGAAAGUAGAGUUGAAAAAAAGUCUAUCGGAAACUGAAGAAAAGAUACGGGUUCUUGAAGAGAAACUGUUUUCAUUUGCGGAUUUGAGCGAGGAAGAAGCCCAAAGGGAGGACUGUCUCCGCUACGCGUAUCUGAUGAACUAUAAAAUCGAGUGUCUUAAGCAUAUAGACGUGCUUAAGAAGGAAGCUGAGGCUGAACUGGUCCCACUGGCUAAGGAAGUCAUGAGAGAGAUUGAAGAAAUCCCAAAUACCCCAAAAUUUAACAAAAAAGUGGAAAAAAUGCUUGAGACAAUUCUUAAAAAGGAGCCUCACCGUCUGCUGACUCCGGAGUUUAUCAUCAAAAACGAAUACUUUUUGAAGGAAUUGCCAGAAGUAAUGGCUCAGCUCAAUAAAGAGAUAGCCGAGGUUUUGAAGGAAACUCCGGGCGAAGAAGCGGGCGGAAAACAGAAGCACCAGCUUACGCUUCAAGCUUCAAUCUUCAUACUUUUUGCUAUCUUUGUGCUUCUGUCGGUGGGGCUGGUGUGCAAUUCGGAGGCUGCGUGA